AGGGGUUACUGCAGUGGGUAAUGCUAUAAUUGCUUGUGCAGGGAGCCAGUGGAUUGCAGUGCCCGGGGAGCUUCGUGGCUAUGAAGAAGCCCACAGGCGAUAUGGCCAGUUGCCUUGGAAAUCGCUGUUUGAACCAACCAUCAAGCUCCUUACAAGUGGAAUCAGAAUUCCGAAAGUGCUGGACAAAUUUCUCAAUUACCCCAUACUACUGCCUCUUUUGAAAAAGUCAUCCUUGGGGAAGCUAUUCUUUAAGAAUGGUACGCUUGUAAAAGAGGAUGAGAUCUUCCUUUGGCCAGCCCUGUUGAAAACACUGAAGGCUGUAGCAGAGAAGGGAGCCCAAGAAUUUUAUGAGGGCGAGAUAGCACAGAACUUGUUGAUGGACAUAAAGAAGGAAAAUGGCAGCCUGACGCUAAAAGACCUCAAGGACUUCCAAGCAGAAGUGUCAACACCUUUGAAUAUUUCUCUGGGGAGUUACACAAUAUAUUCCCCUCCGCUGCCUUCUGGGGGAGCUAUUCUCCUCUUCAUCCUCAACAUCCUCAAAGAGUUUAAAUUCACGCCAGAGUCCAUGAAGUCCCCCGAAGGGAAGAUCGAGACCUACCACCGUAUAGCAGAGGCCCUGAAGUUUGGCAAUGGGCAAAAGUCAAAACUGGACACUGAGCAGGUGAGCUGGUGCAGUACCAUGGGACAGCUAGAACUCAGACUCAGGGGGGGGGGGGGGAGGAAAAGGAAAUCAAUUUGCAGUAAAUUGUCCGUGUGUUUUAAACGUACUUUUUCUCCACUCAGGUUUGGCUCCAUGGUAUAUUCUCCAGCCACUGGGAUCAUUUUGAAUAACGAGCUCCAUGACUUUUGCAAGAAGAAGCCAAGUAGCGAGAUCAUGCGUGGAGAAAGACCCCCCUCUGCCAUGGCUCCUUCCAUUCUCAUCUCCAAAGACAAGAACGCUAAGCUGGUGAUUGGAGGCUCCGGAGGGGACUUGAUUAUCAGCGCCACAGCCUUGGCAAUCAUGAACAAACUCUGGUUUGGCUACGACCUGGAGCAUGCCAUCUCAACGCCCAUUCUCCAUGCUGCCAUGAACAACAUUCUCCAUUUUGAGAAAAUGUUUGAUGAGGUUGUGAAGGGGGGACUUCUGAAGAGAGGACACCGUGAAGAGAAAAUGCUUAUGCUGAAUGUGGUGCAGGGGGUUUCCAAAGAAGGCGGAUGCAUCUUUGCUUAUUCUGACAAAAGGAAGAUUGGAAAGUCAUCUGGAUAUUAAGAACAAGUGCUGUAACAAGCACUUUAUUCCAGCCAAAAAGAGUGUGAAGUUAUUGGGGUCAGAGCACCAGCUGGCCUAGAAGCACCACUCACAUCUCCUGUGCCAGGCAUCUUAAAGCUUCUUAGAAGAAUGUGUGGACAAGACUCAUAGUAACAACUGACCAGCCAAUAUACAGCAAGCUACCUUCAUGUUGUUACAAGUGCUAGUCUUGGCUAGACUCAUAGCCUCCUUUUAAUUUGGUAGCAGGGCCCAGAGGACAAAGGAGCAGCACUUGUGUGAUAUAUAGAAAUAUAUUUUGCAAACAGAGCAGCUAUUAAGAAUAUGAAUCCAGAAACAAGGCAUUAACCAAGCAGUGGGAAUUUGAAACAGGGAACCAGGCCCAGUACCAGUGGGAGCUGUGCUCAGGGAUCUGAAUGUACCUUCCCCAGCCUCUACAGUUACUCAAAGCAGGACUGCUUUCUUUCUAGCUUUGGAACCUCCCAAUCAAUCCCUUGCCAGGUGUCAACGUGGCUUCUGGUCCCACCGUUCCUGUGCAAUAGGAAGCAAUGACUGACUUCUUUCUUUCCUCUGAUGUGUUCCCAGCACCACCGUGUUGCACAGCAGAGCUGCAAGUGACAGCUUUGCAUGGAUGCACAAGAAAGGAGUGACUCUAACAACAUUUUGUCUAGCUCUUGCCACCCUGUCACUUGAUGGUAGAAUGAGCACAAACGUGAUUUGGUGACUGCUGGGGAACUCAGCUACUAUUGGAACGUGGGCGACUUCCCUAGCAGCGCUUAAUCUUUCUUAGGCCCUGCCUAAAAGGGAGCCGGUGUAAACUGUGACUUUGUAGUAGCACAGACAAUGUGAAUUCUUUUUGCCUUCAGAAGACGUGUUGUUACAGGUUGUCUUACAGGGUCACACCUCCCCAUCCAAGCCUUCACUAAAUUGCCUUGCUCAUCCUUGUUCUGCACUAAAGCAGAGAACAGGCCCCUGGAUGAUUUGACAUGGAAAGAAAACGAAAUGGGGUCAGAGAGGAGCCUUUCACAUAAGGGUGCUGUUCUAGAGUCAUACUCUGUGUUCUGUGGCUAUUUCAUGUCUCUCUGCAGGAAGAAAUGUGCUUCACAAAAAAUAGUUGCCUCUGAUUAACUAGUGUGGGUGAGCCACAUAGUCCAGAGAAUGAGAGAGACAAGUGUAAUAUUAGCUCUUAUGCCAAAGAGCUAAUACUUCUGUAGCAGGGGAGCAGCAUAGUGCUCCCCUGAGUCACAAGUGGCCUUGGGGGUUAACUAUACCUCAUCCCUGCCAUAAAUGUGAUUGGCCAUGCAGCCACUGCGCUUAUAUUUGUACAUUGAUCAUUUUAAAGGGCUUGAAAAAAUUCAUAGGACCAAACAUUCUAUGUGCUGACCUGCAGUCACUUACAUGUACAGGGACCGUUGGUGGCAUGCAGGAAUUUGAGACUAUGAUACGCUUUUCAAAGACUUAUUGAAAACUUUGCCUUUAACAGACUUAUAGUGCCUUUUUUUUUGCACUAAUAGAUCCCUAUUAUGUUAACAUAUAUGAAGAAAUGCAAAUGCAUUCAUGUCAGACCUUAGUAUUUUUACUCCAUUCUCUUUUUAAAAACUCUUCUCCCAUCACUUUUUUAAAACUCAUGCUUAAAAUGUCUUUACAGAGCCUUCUGAUUAUUAUCUUUUUGUUACCAAUGGCUAAGCACACACCUUUAAAAAAUAUUGUAUAUCAAAUGUAACCAGAUUGCUGGCUUCCUGCCUGCCUGUUCUUCCUAUAAGCCAUGAUCAUGUAACUGAAACAUUAGUCACUUAGAAACUUGCUGACUUGGAGACACGAAGUCAGCUUUUAGAUGCAUUUUACAGCUAUUGAAAAUGAAACUUGCUCCAGAAAGCAUUUUUCCUUUAGAAAAUACACCAAAAAAUGUCUUUAUUGCCUCCAUGAGAGGCUACAACUGCAUCAUAUUGUUUGCUCGUACAGAAAUAUGAUUGCACAAGCUACAGGAAGUUGAUGGUCUGUCUGGAACUUACCACGUGACUAGUACAUAAAGCAUGUGUUUUCCUGGCAUGGCGCUUAUGUUUUAAAUUACUGCCUGAAGCAGUAGUAAAUGUGACAGAAUGUGAUGGGUCGCAGUAUGUUCUUGCUUUGCUAGCAUUCACAUAGAAUGAUAGGGACCCUGCUUUUUGGCAUGGCUUUAAUUUCACCUACAUCUGUAUUUCAGUCUGGUGCUUUAAGGUCUGCUGCAAUUUAGCAAUCUAAUGACCUGUAUUGCAAGCAGACUGACUACGCCAUUGUAGCACAGUUAGUUGCCAUGCUAAAUUAUGGGGUAAAUACAUAGACCCACAGCAGCAUGUGCAAAGAAGAAUCCAAUUCUUCAUGCUCAGGCCUACUAAAUGUACUCUAGUGGAACUAUCUCUUAGAACCAUAAAAUACUAGGCAAAUAGACUGAACAGAAGUAGCACUAGAGCUAUCAUUACUUGUGGCGGAUUGAAAGCUGCUUAGUGUAUAUAAAAAUAAGGAAUGGGCUGAAAGUAGGCAAGCAAUAUUUUUGUUAUUGUAUCAUACCUCAUACCUGCCCUCAGCAUUCCUCAUCUCCAGUCCCCAGUCUCUUCCGUUUGCUUCCUCCCUCUUCCUCCCCUCCCACCUCCAAGUGAUGCCAUGGGAAGGAGGCAAUUUAUCUGUCUCUCUGCCAUUCCAUGGACUUUUAUGUAACAGUGGGAGCAGAGGCGUUUGUUUCCAAUGGACGUUUGUUUUACAAAGUUAUAUUUUUAAUAAACUACUUUUCCAAAA